AUGACGAAGUAUCAUAUCAGUGUCAAGGCGACCUUUCUGGAGUUUGUUCCACUGGACGCCACCUCAGAGUCGCCCCUCCGCCGGUGUCGAUCGUGCUCACCGCAUUGGUCGCCCCCCGAGAUCGAAAAGGGAAAGCGAGGAGGUGGCGCCAGUGACAGUACCGCAGCAGAGACUGAGGAUGUGGUCUUGAACUCCAGUGAAGACACAGAAGAUUGCAAGGGCCAGCCCCAGGUGCUGUACAAAAAGCACCGCAGUAACUUAUACAGGAAGAUCAACAAGGAGAUCUCAUCGGCCUAUUGUACCCAAAGCCUCCUGAACAUCAUCGACAGAAGCUUGGGCGACAUGAAUGCCGUCAACCUCUCCACUUCGAUCCACCGGCUGGCCCGUGCCAUCGGUUCCCACGAAUGGGACCCAGAGGUUUCUCGAGUUCUUGACCGGUUGCUGGAUGCCAUCGAACAUCAGGCGGUCUCGGAGCUCGAGAGGGGCGCGUCCAAGUUUUCUCCACGCUGCGCCACCAUCAUCGCGUGGUCUUGUGCAACACUCCAGGCAAUGCGGGGAUGCCAGGGCGAGGUGUUUCGCUUGCGGCUAUUCUCGGUGCUCAUGACGAUCAGCUUGCAAAGUUUGCAGUCCUGCCAAGCUUACGAGGUGACGAACCUUCUUUGGGCUGUGGCUCAACUGAGCAAGCAGCACCCUGGCGGAUUCUUGUGGGGUCGAUGUGGAGGAUCUCAACGUGUAGCAGGCCCUUAG